CUACCCAUAUCGCUUUCUCCACACGGGACACUGGACAAGGAGUGGCGAUAGUUUCCAGGGUCUGUGAAUGUGGGGGUUGGUCAUGCUCUGCUCAGAGUCAUCGAGAAGAGGCGGAGCUCUUGUCAUGGGUUUCCGCACUGAGUCUGUACAAUUGGCGUGAUUAGUUUCGGAGCUCGAGAAGUUCAAGAAAUUCAGGCGUAACUCACAUCCACUUGCUACUUCAGGCUGCUUUUCUGCUUCUUCUGGUGGACCUACUUUGGUUCCUGCUCUAAUAGUAUCAAUGGCCGCGUCUUUAUGCUGCACACCAUCUCCUACUUUUCAUACGCAUGCAAUGAUACCCUCCCCAUCCUCCUCCCUUCAAGCUUCUCUUAGCAAUUCAUUUAUAUGCAAAAUUAGGACGAAUUUUAGAGAUCCUAAUAAGGUUAAGUUCUACGCUAUUCUAGGCAAGGAUACCUCUGUACUUCCAAAUCGCCACUGUGGAAAUUGCUCUCGUUUAAGAAUCCCCUGGUUACCUUCAGUAAAGACAUCAAACAAGAUUUCAAAGCAUCGAGCGUUGAGAGAUGAUACACCAGCGAGUCCCCCGGUUGUAGAAGAAACGGAGGGCUUCGAAGCUGAAGAGGUUUUUACUGAAGUAGAAGAUGCCUCGAGUAGCACCUCUCUAGCAUCGCCAUUAAAGGACUUCAUAAUCAAAGCUUGGGAUCACAAGUACUUGCUUUCUCUUGCAGCUCUGUAUGGAAUUGCUCCGCCUUCGCAGGGGUGGGAAAACACUGGAAACUACAUCCAAUCGAUAGCGGUCCUGGCUACUGUUAUCACAGUGCAUGAAGCUGGUCAUUUUUUAGCUGCCAGGCUACAAGGAAUACGUGUGACGAAAUUUGCUAUUGGGUUUGGCCCGACCCUCGCAAAGUGGCAGGGAAAGGAGGUGGAGUAUUCUCUCAGGGCGAUUCCCUUAGGAGGUUAUGUAGCGUUUCCAGAUGAUGGUCCACAGUCUGGAUUCAAACCCGACGACCCAGAUUUGCUUAUGAACCGGGGCAUUCUAGCACGUGCCCUUGUUAUAUCCGCUGGUGUGAUUGCCAACAUUAUAUUUGCUUAUACGAUUCUUUUUGGUCAAGUGCUGACGGUGGGCUUAGUGGAGCAGGAAUACAUUCCUGGGGUUGUAAUUCCUGAGAUUAUAGCUAGGUCUGCUGCGUCUCGGGGAGGGCUUGAGGCGGGGGAUGUAGUGCUAUCCGUGGCAGGAAAGUCCCUCGGGGCGACCGAGAGUUCAGUUUUCGACCUCGUAGAUACCAUCAAGGAUAACCCGGGGCGACCUCUUGAUUUUCAGAUUCGACGUGAGGGCUUCCCCGACCUUCUAAGUAUAAAAAUCACUCCCGACUUAGCGUACGAUGGAGCGGGAAAAAUCGGGGUCCAGCUCUCGAAGAAUGCAAGGCUUCGUAGAGUGAAGGCUGCUAACCUCGGCGAGGCGACUCAGAAAGCUUCCAACGAGUUCAUGAGACUUACAACAACAGUCACCGAGGGGCUGAAACAAAUAUUUCUCAACUUCGCGCAAACAGCUGACAAGCUUUCUGGUCCUGUGGCAAUUGUGGCAGUGGGUGCUGAAGUGGCGAAGUCCGACAUCGCUGGGCUGUUUCAGUUUGCUGCAAUUGUGAACAUCAACCUUGCGGUUGUCAAUACACUUCCCCUUCCUGCUCUGGAUGGUGGGUACUUCUUGCUCAUCGCUCUGGAGGCUCUUCGAGGAAAGAAGCUACCUGAGGGAGUUGAGAAAGGCAUCAUGUCGUCCGGAAUUUUGCUCCUCCUUGCUGUCGGUAUAGUGUUGAUGGUGAGGGAUACCCUCAACCUAGGAAUAGUGCAGGAAUUGCUAAGAUAGUGUAUUAUGCAUUGACCACAUUGUUGUUGCAACUCAGCCUGUAUGCUAGACUUAUUCGCCUUACAUUGUUGUGAAUUUGUAAUUUAUACACAUUGGAAGCAAUUAUACAAUUUUGUAAGGCUAAUUUAUGCUCCUCAUUAUAACACA